AUGUAUUAUCAUUCGUCUACUGAAGAAGGUUUCGUGACGGUGAUCAAAUGGCCGUUGCUUCCACAGUCUUCCACCGUUGAUCCAAAUCGGUCGCUGUAUCGCUUGGCGCAUUCUCUCGCUCAUAAUGAUUGUGUGCUAAGAAUAGACAGCGAAUUCGGAGCGUUGGUCGACAUCGAUGAGCUCAUUGUGCCAAGGUGGGUCAUAUUCCUAGAAAAGGAAUAG